UAGAGCUUUUGUGAAAGUUAAGUCAGCUAAUGAAAGUGCAAAGCACAGAGUCUGGAACAAUACAGCGGUCUCCGUUAUUAUCAUUAUCAUCAACCCGUUAGUUACAACUGGGGCUGAAAGAAAAAAAAAAAAAAAACCCAGAGAACCGGAAAGGUCUGCAAAAGGGGCGGAACGCGGGAACCUGGAUUUGAGGCAGGGGGAGGCGGGGGAGAGCCCACCAAAGCAGCCAAUCCAGCUGUCCCGGGGAGGAAGAGGAGGAGCCAGGGCCCGCCCCGGGACGCUGCACUGCUCACUCCCGCGCCGUGUGGCCGUCCCCGCUGCAGCUCCGUGGUCCGCUCGGUCCCUGCGGCCCCGCGCGCUCGCCCACUGCAGUCUCCCCCGCGCAGACAUGGCCUCGAGCGCCGCCGCCGUGAAGAUUGGAAUAAUAGGUGGAACAGGCCUGGAUGAUCCAGAAAUUCUAGAAGCAAGAACUGAAAAAUAUGUGGAUACUCCAUUUGGCAAGCCAUCUGAUGCCUUAAUUUUGGGGAAGAUAAAAAAUGUUGAUUGCGUCCUCCUUGCAAGGCACGGGAGGCAGCACACCAUUGUGCCUUCCAAAGUCAACUACCAGGCGAACAUCUGGGCUUUGAAGGAAGAGGGCUGUACACAUGUCAUAGUGACCACAGCGUGCGGCUCCCUGAGGGAGGAGAUUCAGCCCGGUGAUAUGGUUAUCAUCGAUCAGUUCAUCGACAGGACUGCCAUGAGGCCUCAGUCCUUCUAUGAUGGAACUCAUGCUUGUGCCAGAGGAGUGUGCCAUAUUCCCAUGGCUGAGCCGUUUUGCCCCAAAACGAGAGAGGUUCUCAUAGAGACUGCUAAGAAGCUGGGGCUCCGGUGCCACUCAAAGGGGACAAUGGUCACAAUCGAAGGACCUCGUUUUAGCUCCCGGGCAGAAAGCUUCAUGUUCCGCGCCUGGGGGGCAGAUGUCAUCAACAUGACCACAGUUCCAGAGGUGGUUCUUGCCAAGGAGGCAGGAAUCUGCUAUGCGAGUAUUGCCAUAGCAACAGAUUAUGAUUGCUGGAAGGAGCACGAGGAAGAAGUUUCUGUGGACCGGGUCUUAAAGACCCUGAAAGAAAAUGCCAAUAAAGCCAAAAGUUUACUUCUGACUACCAUACCUCAGAUAGGGUCCAUGGAAUGGUCAGAAACCCUCCAUAACAUGAAGAAUAUGGCCCAGUUUUCUGUUUUAUUACCAAGACAUUAAAAUAGCAUGGCUGCGCAGAAGAAAAGACGACUUUCUAACUCCAGUUGCUUUGAGAAUUCUUGCUUAACUUGAAAAAAACAUGCAGCUGUUCUGCCCAUGCCUGUGGUAAGACAAGACGUUGUGUGUAUGAGACACACUUCUAAAAGACUUGAACUGCUUCAGAACACAGAAGAAAAGCAAAUGACCAGCAAACAUGCGGGGGAAAAAUUUACAUUUUAGAAAAAAGAAAACCAAGAAGAUACCAUUCUUCUCUCCCUUUAUUAAAUUUGCAAUAAUAAAGGGUUAUGGGUAAUAUACAGUUUCCUGUGUUGCCAAGGAAUAUGAGAAAGAAAUGGGACUGUGGUUAUUUAUUGAUGUGACUAUAAAUUGGUAUAAUAUGUCUGGAGGGCAGUGUGGUAAAAUGCAUUUAUGUACUUUGUGCUGGGUACUCCUAGGAAUUUCUCUUUAAAAAAUUAUCAGAUACAAAGAAUUUUGUAUAAAAAUGGAUAAUGGUAUUAUAGUAGCAAAUAUUUAAAAUAAUCUGAAUACUCAACAAUUGAAGGUGAUUUUGGUUAUAAUUAGAUUGUGAAUCAGCCAACUGAAAAUCCUUUUCACAUAUUUCAAUGUCUUAGAGAAAUGGUUGCUCUACAUAUGAAAUUUAAAAAAGGGAUAUGUAAGCAUUUUACAGUAAUCGUUUUGUUUUAAAAUGCUGUGAAAAUGUACAAAAACUAGAAAGAUAUAUAAUCUUGCUAUUGUAUUUGGGGGAGGGAUACUGGAUAAUUUUUAUUUUCUUUGAAUGUUUGUGUAUCUUCACAUUUUCUACAAUGAAUAUAAUCAAAUAGUAAAGUUGUUAUAAAAAUAAAAAUGGACUUAGAUUAGUUCUUGAAAACAUUGUUUUUGGUAUUGCAGUGAAAUUUAAGGUGGUAAUAAGAUGGUGAGUGUUAAGGGUAUUACAUCUUUAUUCUGUUAAAAAUGAAUUAUUGAUUUCUAUACAGUCAAAACAACUUGGGUUUUGCAACAGCUUUCUGAGAAAAGUUAGGUGUUUAAUACUGUAGUCCAAAAGUUAAAAUAUUUAAAAAACAUUCUGUAAGAUAUUUUAAAAAUUAAUGUUUGACUUCAUUUAUGCUUUUUAUUAGUUGAAUUAUUUUACAUGAGUUGGUGAUUGUUCUUUUUUAAUAAGAAAAUGGAAGGGUGCUUUUUUACACUCGGGUUUUUAUUGUUCACUUUAUAGGAAUGCGUUUUGUUUUCUUAAGUUUUCUGUCACAGGGAGAUCUUUUUUCUCCUCGGAAUUAUUUUCUUCUCACUGUAGUCUAUUACAGGAUACUUUUAAGAUCAGUAUACAGUAUCUUUUGUUUAAAGGAUUUGUAAAGUCAGUAUGUUUGUGUCUAUGAGAUUGACUUCAAGAUACUAAGCUGCUAAUUGUAGACAAUAAAAUAAACCUGUUACCCUCCAA